GGGACGUAGGGAGGCGGCGCGGAGAGUGCUACAGCCGGGAGCGGGGCGCCGCCCUUUUUUGCGCGCUCUUCCUUCGUCGGCAGAGCCGGCCGCGGUGUCCCGCCGCCCUGAGAAGUCUGGCGUCCCCGCUCCAGCCCGAGGUCGGACGCCUCCCGCCCCCUUGGUCAGGUCGAAGGUACAGACAGCGUGUGCCUGUCGCUGCUAACUUUAAGAAGCGCUGUUUCUCAGAAUUGAUAAGACCGUUGCACAAAACUGUGGCAGUUGGAUUUGGUGUGACACUGUGUGCAGUUCCUAUUGCACAGAAAUCGGAGCCUCAUUCUCUUAGUAACGAUGCAUUAAUGAGGAGGGCAGUGUCUUUGGUAACAGAUAGCACCUCCACCUUUCUCUCUCAGACCACUUACGCACUGAUUGAAGCAAUCACUGAGUACACUAAGGCUGUUUAUACCUUAAUUUCACUGUACCGACAAUAUACAAGUUUACUUGGGAAAAUGAAUUCACAGGAGGAGGAUGAAGUGUGGCAGGUGAUCAUAGGAGCCAGGGUUGAGAUGACUUCAAAACAACAGGAAUACUUGAAGUUGGAAACAACCUGGAUGACUGCAAUUGGUCUUUCAGAGAUGGCAGCAGAAGCUGCAUACCAAACUGGAGCAGACCAGGCCUCUGUCACUGCUCAGAACCACAUCCAGCUGGUGAAAUCCCAGGUGCAGGAGGUGCGCCAGCUCUCCCAGAAGGCAGAGAGCAAGUUGGCAGAGGCACAGACAGAGGAGCUCCGGCAGAAAGCACAAGAGGAAGGGGAAGAGAGGGCUGACCCGCAGCAGGAGGCCUACCUGCGUGAGGAUUGAGGGCCUGCGCCGCUGCCACAUUUGCUCACUGGAGUGGGGAGGGCCCGGGGCGCCGCAGCUUUCCCUGCACAGAGGAGAGGCGGCAGGUUGUGGCCUAUCAGGCCAGAGGCCUCUGUGCGUUGAGUGCCAGCCCCUUCGCCUGUGGUCUCAGGCCUGUACUCUCACCCACUGAUCUUCUUACCUCGCCCCCAAAAGCAUCUCACCAACCUGGCCCGGGGAGGAGGGGGGUUUUUGUCAUGCUUAUGAGUUCAGUAGCUGUUUAACCCCAGUUUUCGAUCUUAUUCAUGUUUUCAAAUAUGAUUUAGUAUUUGCUCCCUCCAAAGGGAUGUGAGUUUGGGGAGGCUGUCCUGUUUUCUUUUUAAGUGUUUCAGAUGCCUUCUGUGAUCUGGCUUCACUGCCCAGUAAGGACGGCUCAGGCCAAGAGUGACAAGCUUGUCUUGAAGGACGGCAGUGGGGGCCGGCGCUCUCAGCAGGCCCUGUCCCACCACACGCCUGGGUUUCUUCCCUCUGAGUCUCUGUUGUAUCCAAAGGAGAACAAGAAUUUUUUUUU